GGACGACCUUCCCUGUUUGUAGGCCUAGGAGGGAUUCCGAGGAGACAGCGUUUGUAGAACAAGAAGUAGGUUUUAUGUGAAGCUGGCUUCCAUCUCUCCCUGCCUUCGCCGUUUUUCGUCUUCAGCGUUCUUUUCGAAUUAGGAUGGCGGCGACCUAUUUCUUGUCAUCCGUCCGCCAUAGCUCCUUACCAUGGAGCGGAUGUCGCACCAAUGGCGCUGCGCUAAAAGAUUUCUCCCAACGAAAAGCUUGCUGUUUCAUGGGAACCGCGACUUACCGAAGGAAGCUCAGAGCUUUGGAGGCGCGUCAGAAAACCUCGAUGCACAGAGGGAAGCUCGGAAUUUUGCCCGUGGUCGCGAAUCAGGACGUCCUAGCUGGCACUUUUCAGGAGCUUCCGAAGAUCGAUAUUUCUCCCCUAGUUGAGUUCUGCUCCAGCCUGAGCCUGAACGCAGCCUCACCAGAGAGCUCGCCCCCCAGCGACGUCAGAAGGGUUGCCUCAGAGAUCGACGCUGCUUGCCGGGAAGUCGGCUUCUUCUAUCUGACUGGCCAUGGCGUUCCUCAGCAGCUGAUGGACAGUGUCCGUGAGGCGGGGAGAGAGUUCUUUGCACUUCCAGAGGAGAAUAAGAACGAGAUCGCCCUUUCCAAGUCUCCGAUAUUCAGGGGUUACCAGAGGCUUGGCGAGAACAUCACUCAGGGUCGGCACGACAUGCACGAAGCCAUUGAUCUCUACAGGGAGCAUCCAGCAGAUCAUCCCGAUGUUCUUUCUGGGAAGCCUCUUCACGGUCCCAACCCAUGGCCCAGCAGACCAGAACGUUUCAAGCCAGUUGUGCAGGAAUAUGUGACUACAAUGAAAGGUCUGGGUCGCACUGUGCUACGAGGCAUGGCCAUGGGCCUACACCUCCCACUUGACACCUUCGAGCACGGCCGGGCGGAUGACCCCUUCUGGGUCAUCCGAGUUAUUGGAUACCCUCCCCUUGCUUCCAGCGACACAGAGUCCCUCAGCUGUGGCGAACACACGGAUUACGGUCUGCUCACCUUUGUGAAUCAAGACCCUGGCAUUACAGCUCUGCAGGUUAAGAACAAGGCAGGCGAGUGGGUGGAUGCUCCUCCGGUUCCAGGAAGCUUCGUGGUCAACAUUGGCGACAUGCUGAAGCUGUGGACCAACGGUCUUUACCAACCAACUCCCCAUCGGGUUGUCAACAGAAGCCGUACAUUCCGAGUCUCUGUUCCUUUCUUCUAUGAGCCUAACUUUGAUGUCAGGGUGGAGCCAUUAAAUGCUCUGGUGAAGACCAUGGGGCCGACUGGUCUGGGGCCAGUGGUCUAUGGUGAUCACCUGUGUAAGAAGGUGUUCAACAACUUUGGUUAGUGCGUACUGUUCUUCUAGCUGUGUACAGUCAGUGCCCUGUACAUUGUGUAAAGUUGAUACAGCGCUAGAGAGCUUGAUUCUUCUUGGUUGGAUGCAUUAGGCAACUAUGGUACAUCUUGGUGCCACAUGCUACAUGAUCUGCUCUACUUCUCAAGCCAAGGCAGAAUAGAGUAGAAUUCCAGCUGGAUCGGAUGCUGGAUGCUGGAAGUCGCGCUGUAAACAAUCUGCCUUGGAGCUUGAUCCA